CCUUUCUGGCAGGCUCCUCCUCGUGCCCCCGUCCUUGGAGCCAGCGUCUCAGCGAGGGGCCGCAGCGUGACAGGAGCAGGACUUGGGGCAGAAGGGCCCCCGGGACGUGUCGUGUGGUGUGGUGUCUGCAAGGGUGACUCCGGGCAGCCAGACGGGCGUGCGGGGCCUGCACCCGUCCCUUCGAAGCAGCCAAGGCCCCAGGGGCGACAGGAAUGCACGACCUCCUGGCCACAGGCUCUUUGCUGGCGGUGGACCCAGACAGGCUCAUCAUCAAGAGGCUGGUACUUAGCGGUCACCCCUUCAAAAUUUUCAGCAAGACGGCAGUCGUGCGGUACAUGUUCUUUAACAGAGAGGAUGUGCUGUGGUUUAAGCCCGUUGAGCUGAGAACAAAAUGGGGCCGCAGGGGACACAUCAAGGAGCCACUAGGGACCUGUGGCCACAUGAAGUGCCACUUUGAUGGACAGCUGAAGUCCCAGGACACGGUGCUGAUGAACCUGUACAAACGCGUCUUUCCCAAGUGGACGUAUGACCCGUAUGUGCCAGAGCCGGUGGCGUGGGUGAGAAACGAGGAGCCUGCCCCCGUGCCAGAGGUGGACACGGAGUAGCUCUUCGGAACCCGCGUCCAGGAUUCCCGAGGAGUCUCCUGGGUGCAGGCGUGUGUUAGCGUAGUGCCUUCCCACGCUGCUGCAGCCUCCGUUGUAUCUAUUUCAGUGGCAAAUAUACGGUGCAGCCUACA